AUGGCAGUGACUGAGAAAUGUGAUGUGUUCAGCUUUGGUGUUUUGGCUUUGGAAGUUCUUACAGGAAAGCACCCCAGUGACCUUGUUUCCUACAUACAAAGUUGUAGAGAACAAAAGCUAAACAUGAAAGAGAUUUUAGACCCUCGUCUCUUGCCUCCUUCCAAGAAGCAUAUUUUGAAGCCAGUGGAAUUGAUUGCCAACUUGGCUCUUUCAUGCUUAAAGACAAACCCUCAAUCUCGACCAAGUAUGCGAAGCAUAGCUCAGCUGCUUGAAAUGGAGACUGCAGACAUCAUAUAA